GAAAAUCUCUAUAUUAUAUAAGAUUACACAAAAAGCAAACGUGGAAAAGACUAUUUAUAAUGAAUAUACAGUAUACACAACUUUCACUGCCUCAGUUGAAUUUUUAUGUUGUUUUUUGUUAGCUCACUUUUCGACAAUAGAAGGAAGGACGAAAAUGAUGACGAAACAAAACGCAGUUUUGUUGGUGGAGAAAGAAGUGGAUUGUCGGUGCAGCAUCCACCUUGUUCCUCAGGUUUAUGUUCAAGUGGCUCUUCAGGGUCGUUUCCAAAAGGAACUCGCAAAAUAACAUUAUAUAAAAAUGGUUUUUGUCUCGAUGGAGGGGAAUUUCGACCAUUAAGUGAGCCUGAAAACGCGGAAAUGAUUUCAGCUAUAAAUUCGGGAUAUGUCCCUAAAGAAUUGUCACAAACAUCUUCUUCACCGGUAUCACUUAUACUGGAAGAUUUGCGUUCAAAGGUGCAUGAAGUUCCUUCUCAACCAAAGAGUUUUCUUUACUCUGGAGAAGAACAAUCCACGAAUUCGAGUACAGAAGUCAUUGGUUCCUUCCCUGUAGAUGUUUCCCGUUAUACUGUUCAAAUUGAUACGACUCGACCUGUGACUACACUCAAAUUUCGUUUUUAUGACGGGACAACUGUCAGUCAACAGUUUAACGAACACCAAACUAUAGAAGAUGUUCACAAUUUUGUUUUUCAAGCGGCACCUGUGGAAUGUAGCUAUCGAUUGCUUAGUGGAUUUCCUCCUACUCCGAUAAAUUCUUGUGUUUCCAUGACACUACAACAAGCCGGCUUAUUAAACGAAACGAUUAUUCAACGUUGCGGUGAAUAAGAUGUGUUUCUUUUUGAUUGAAGCGAUUUUAAGUUUAAAUUUUCCAUUAUAAAGAAAAAGAUAAUUUUUGUUUUACUCCAUCUGAAAUAAAGUAAUUGUCCAAAACAAAAAUGCUGUAUAGAAAAGAUAA